AUAUUUCCAAAAUGCUCGACAGAUAAAUGCGCAGCUGUCAAUUUUAAGAAUGCUGACCACACUUAUAACGAAACAUUUUACUCUAGCUCGUAUUAUUAGUCAGUGAAACUUGUCAACAAACGGGAGCCGAGAACGAACGUUUUUAGACUAGCUGACGCUGCGUUAAUUACUUCUACGUUGCUGUGGACACCACUAAUCAAGGACCAUGAGUCUUGGAUCCAGCUCCAGGACAUCAAGGAGCCGCUCUCAUUCCCACCGGUACCGCAAACGGGCCCCCAUCUCUGAGGUGGACGAAAGCCUGUUUGGGAGCCCAAAGUCUGUGUCAGCACUGUUGGAUAAACGUGGAAACUCAGCUUCCAAAGCCAAGAAUGAGUCCCAGAAGAAACAAGACACUAUUCAAAUUAUUACAAAGGACCUCAUUCGCAAUCUCAGGAUCCCAUGCAGGGAUCCCUCAAAAGAGUCCCUCAUUCUACCUCCAGCUGAGUUUGAGCGGAUCACUGCUCUGUCCAGAGUUCCCACCAAGGAGGAGAAGGAGGCCAGGGCUCAUCAGAGGAGGAAAGAGGAGGAAAUGAGAGCUGUAGAGGAAGCGAAGCGUCGAAUCUUUAAUGCAGACUUGUCGCGUAAAGAGAACAAGGUUCUAACUCAGCUGGAGAUAGAGGCCCGGGACCGUGACCAGCGCUUGCUGGAGCAGGCCAGCGCGUUAAGGAUGGAGCAAGAAGAGGAGAUCAAACUGCUCAACAGUAUGAUUAUGGGUGCUCAGUGUCAAGCCACACGUGAUGUUCAGAUCCAGGAGAAGAAACAGAUCCAGGCGGAGUUGUUAGAGGAGGAGAAGCGCCUGGACGUCAUGAUGGAGGUGGAACGCCGCAAGGCCUUGGAGACUGAGGAGGAGAUUGAAGAGCUGCGCAAAAACCAGAUGAUACGAGGAAAGCAGCAAAUUUUCGACCAGAUCCAGAAUAGACGGGAGGCAAAAAUAUUGGACGAUGAACUAAAAGAGUGCGAGAGGAAGCAGACACGAGAGAAUCAGGAGAGAAUGAACCAGGAGGACCUAAAGGUGCAGAGACAACAUGCAAAAGCACUAAAAACAGCACUGACAGAGACACACAUACUCAGGGCCCUGGAGAAGAAAAGGGAGGAGCAGCAGAAACUGCAGGAGGAGGUCAUGCAUAUUAAUGCUGAGACCAUGCGGGCCAAGGAGCAGAGGAAGGAGGAGGAAAAGCUGGCUGACAUGAGAGAUAUGGAAUACAUCAAAAGCAAACUGGAGAGGGAAGCAGAGUAUGAAGCAGAGCAGAGACGAAUCAAGAAGGAGAAGGAGCUUGAGAUUGCCAGGCUGAGGGCUCAGCAGGAAAAAGCAAGAGACUACAAGGCAGAGCAGGAUGAGCUCCGUGCUCGCAGGGACCAGGAUAGGCUGCACAGAGAAUGGAGGAGAAAAGAGAAAGAGCUGGCUGAGAAGAAAGCACAGGAGGAAGCGAUGCUGCGGGAGGCUCGCUUGGAGCAGGUUCACUGCAAAGAGCACUUCCUGUCGAUUGAGGCUGGCCGGGAGAAGGCAGAGUUUGAGAGGGUGCUCAAGGUGCAACAGGAAGCGAUCAUCAAGCAGAAGGAGGAGGAGGAGAAGCAGCGUCAGAAAGCACACCGUCGCGCAGAGGCCAUCCGACAGCAGGUGAAGGAACGAGAGCUCUCGGCCAUAGCAAAGCGCAGGCAGAUCUUCCAGGAGGCUGAUCGGCUGAUCGAGGAAGCCCAGCAGAGACGUGCGCGCCUCAAUGAGAUCAAAGAGAAGAAGCUGAGAGAGCUCAAGGCUACAGGGCUCUCUGAAAAAUACUGCAGUGAAGUGGAAAAGAAGUCCCGGGCCUACGUACUCUGAUUCACAACUGGAUCUAAAAUGGUGUGAAGCCACCCCAUUUUACAGAACCUAAUUUUACGAGGAGAAACACAUUUCAAGUAUUAAUGUAAUAUUAUAUAUGAUUCUACAGCACACUCAAUUGUUUUAUGAGCAUUUGAUCACUCAUAUGUAUGUGUUUUGGUAGCUUAUGGUAUUUCAGAAUGGCUCUUUGAGUGAAAGCAUGUUGCAAACACAAAACAACAAAAUAAAGCGACUUUUUGAGACAUGA